ACACCGUGGACAGGUAUAGUUGCCGUAAGUGUGUACAGGGAUGGGUGUGUGCUGGCUCUCAGUACAGUAGUAGCCUUAACUAUUGGAAUAUUUAGCUUACUGACCAGACAGGUAAACUUGCGAUACCAGUCAAUCAUAUUCGCACACCUGCCCUCGCAUGUAAAGGUAACACAAGUUGGGAUUUACUUCUGGAAAUUGUGUCAAAAUCUCUUGGAUAUACAUCAUUUAAAGUCAUCUGAAAUUCAAGGACAAAGAUGGCUUUAAGGCAGGAACUGUGAUCAUAUACAGUUAAAACAUGGGAUCCCGACGGGACGGUGGAGGACCCGAUCAGUAUAUUGGGAUUAUAAAAGACAAACAGAAACUAGUCCAAGAGAUUCCGUUUAGCAAUAACUACAUCGGAAUCCAACAAGCGCUUGAAGAGACCAAAGAGAGGACCGACCAAAUCAAGAGCAUCAAGCGGAAGGUGGACGAAGUAAAGAGAGCUAGACGGAGAAAACCGAGUGUGAGCCAUGCUCAAGACUGUCAAAACUUGGAACAAGAAUACGUCACACUCGAGGACCAGGCGUUGCAGAAGAAGCGUUGCCUGGAAACGCUGCUGUAUGUAAAUGAAGUCGAGGACGUUCUACAGAAUGUCCAAUCAGAAUUUGAGGAGCGUGCCCUCUACCUGACAGAGCGCAAGAAAGUCUUCGAGAGUGUAUAUAGAGAAGAUGAUGUCGAAGCUUCGGCACGCAUGCACAAAGAUUGUGUAUACGCGUUACAUCAUAGCUGGGAAUGGCUGACAGAGGUAUCCGGCUGUAUACAUCAACAUAUACGUCACGCCGGAGAAUACCACAGGUUUUACCAUGACAUCCAGUUCCUAGACGAAGACAUGAAGUAUUACAUGGGCUUAAUGAACAGUGAACGCAUGAGGUCAAAGGUCGAGACAAGAGAACCAGAAGUCUUCAUAAACCACCUCAAGGACGUCACAAGACGGCUGUUAGAUUUCCAGGCACGUGUCGAUCGCCUGAGUGACACUAGUACCUCCGUUUAUCCAGUACAUCUCAGAAGGGACACGCCCGUCUACCCCACCAAAGUCAAAUCCCUGGUGGCCUACAGACACCAGGAGAUAACACUUGAAGCUGGUGAAGAGUGCUUCCUCCUAGACAACUCGGAUGCGAGUAGAUGGCAGAUCCGCAGUAAAAGUGGAGCGGAAGCGGAAGUACCCGGGGUUAUACUUGUCAUCCCUCCCCCUGAAAAAAAGGCGAUUAUAGAAGCACACAGAAUAAAGGAACAGAUGAUUGUCCAUUGGGACACAACACUGAAGCGUCUUCGGACCCAGCUAACCCAAUUCUUGACCAACAGCAUUGACGACACGCCCUCCUCAGAGAUGGGCAAUAUUUCUACCUCUCAAAAAGCCGACCUCAUGAAGUUGAUGAAUGAGGCUGUUCAACUACUGCGCCCCCUAACGGCGGACGACCCUGACUUCCGGGACAUGAUGUCAAACGUCACCAAAUUCCGGAAAGUCCUCAGUCAGGUCAAACCAGGAGACAAUGACACUUCCAGCGGUUCAGCACAAAGGUGGCGAUGUAACGGCAAGGUGCUCACCCAUUACAAGGACCUACUCACCUAUGCUAAAUCUUAUAAAGAGCACGUGGCUUCCAUGCGUGAACAAGAGAAACUCCUCAUAAGGGAAAAUACAGAAACAGUGUUCAGUUCAAAGGCUUAUUUCGAAAGGGCAUUACCAUUAGUGGACGUUGAUCUCACGACGAAGGAAACUGUAUGGAGCUCAAUCAAAUCGGAUAUCUAUAUACAUGAACGCCAAAAGGGCGGGCGACCAGUGGCGCCCCCUCGAAAGAGGAGACAACUGAAACGGGUUGUGUCUGUAGCCACUACAGGAGAAUCUGUGGCAGACCUUCCCGACUCUGUAGAGGAGAGUUCCUCCUUCGUCAUGACCGGUGUCCUUGACCCAAGAACACGACAGAAGAUGAGCGUGUUCCAAGCCAUGUCACAAGGGAUACUGGAUCCGGUGCAUGGGAAAUAUAUUAACCCAGACACGGGGGAAACAAUGUCAAUACCGGAAGCAAUACACAAGGGUCUGAUCCAGGUGGACUAUAGGGAACACUUGACAAAUGGUGGAAUGAACGGGGAUGGGUUCUCCCCACUCAGGAAUACCAUGGACACAAAGAUAUUCCCCGUGGCAGGUGUUGUAGAUCCAAGGACAGGAGAGUGGAUCGGUGUCAAGGAAGCUAUCUCCGCCGGUAUAUUAGAUCCUAGUAACGGAAAGUACCGGAAUAUUGUUACGGGUGAGGAAGUUGACCUUUUGGAAGCUGUACAGAACGGUUAUCUUGUAGUUGACCCGGCCCUAUUAGAUGGAUACGACGGUAGUACACCGUUCACGUUUGUGGAGUUUACAGACGUGUCAUACAGGGUAACAGGAGUUAUCGACCCUACCACUGGCCAAGAGGUAUCGCUGAAACAGGCGAUCACUGCCGGCUAUAUUGACGAGGCUAACUCGUUAUACAGGAAUCCACACACCGGCGAAGAAAUUCCGCUAGAGGACGCUAUCAGACAGGGUCUUGUUAAAUGCCAACCAUUACGAUCCUCAGAAAAGGCAGAUCCGAAUGAGGUUCUCACAGUGCAACAACUACAGGUCAAACAACAAAAGUUUGUUUCCGGUGAUGGCGAUAACGUUGAUGGCUUCGAUGAACUUGACGGACUCAGAAAUAAUCCGAAUCGUGCCAUGUACGAUAAAGUUAGAAAAUAUUUCGAUCCGAACGAGAGAACAGUAAUCGACCCAAGUGAUAACUUACCCAUUUCACUUGAGGAAGCUUUCGAAAAAGACAUCAUAGAUUUUGCCAAGGGUGAAUUCAAAACAUCAAAUGGUGAAAAAUUAUCGUUAGAACAAGCUGCUUCCAGGAAUUUAAUAGAACCAGAACUUUUGAAAGAAAUUCUAGAAGCAUACAAAGAAAAUAGUUUGGGUGAAUUGAUUGACUCCGGUAGAUUUGAUGGGGAGACUGGACUUGUGACAGAUCCAAAGAGCGGGCAUUCAUUAUCCCUUCAAGCCGCCAUUGCUCAGAAACUUGUAGACCCAAAUCUGAUCUUCCUCUAUGACAUGCCGUCCCAAAAACUGAUAAGUUUGGCCACGGCAAUAGAGGAAGGUCGGUAUGACCUCACAACUGGUCAGUAUUGCAACCCGCUCACAGGAGAACUACUUUCACUUUCGCAAGCAGAGAAAGUAGGUCUCGUAAAAUGUCGUUUAGAUCCUGAUGCAAUGGCACGAACUGCUCAAACAUUGGAACGUCUACAGAAACUGAUGGACACCAGCAUUCCCGCCGUAAAAUCGCCCUACUCUGACGGAACAAUGACCUUAGAGGAAGCGAUUAAAGCAGGCAUUCUUAACGUUCAGCAAGGCGAGUUCUGGAAUCCUAGGACAGCAGAAGUGGUGCCCCUAACGGCGGCGUUCAAGGCAGAGAAGGUCAAUCCUCAUGCUGCCAUGUCGUUACUGGACGCCCUUGAUAAGUUGUCAUUACAGCAAGCCAUCGAUGAUGGAUACAUUGACCCGACCACGGGUGAGUUUAUCCCCAGUGAAAGAGCCAGACCAAUCUCCAUACAAGAGGCUAUAGGCAAGGGACUUCUGAACUUGGAUAACGUCUUCGUGGUAGACAAGGAUAAUGACAAUAUUGUUUCACUAGGGACACUCGUAGCGUCUGGGAAGUUUGAUCCGGCGACAGGUACCGUGAUCGAUCCGAACACUGGACAAAAUCUGUCUCUAGCUGAAGCCAUUGCACGCGGUGUCAUUGAUGCUGGUAUUCGUCCAGACCAAUUUAUCGACUCGUCUGUCACACUGAAAGAGCUAAUAGAUUCCGGCAAAGUCAAUCCAAGAACGACGGACUUCUGUGCUCCAAACGACCACAAAAUGUCGCUGCGUGAUGCUCUAGCUAAUGGAUUCCUAACAAUGAACUCUAAGGUGAAGAUGGACCAUGAGUCCGGCUGUGUUGUUCUAGGGUCCGAUGAAGAGGUAGUUAAGGCAUUAGUAGACAUCCGGGAAAACUCAGAAUGGCUACAUGGUAUAGAGCAGGCCCUUGUGUCCAGACAGAAACCCAGCCAGCGACUUGAGCGGAUCAGACUUCAGAAGGAUGCCACUGAGGCACUGAAAACAGAGAUUGCAAACCAUGAACCGGAAGUGACGUCAUCCAUUAAGCAAUCUGAGGAGUUGAUCGAAAACAACAAAUCUCAGAUGAAGGAAGAUGGUGCUCAACAGCUGCAGAAGCUACGCUUCAAUGUGUCGGAUCUCAAAGUCCGCUUCGACGCGGCCUUUGGCGAGACCAGAAGUAGAUGUACAAGACUGGACAAGAUGGCCGAUGACCUUGAGGAGUUUUACAAUUCUCUCCAAGACCUCGACCAAUGGCUUGACACGGCCAUCGAGAAAUCUCAGGACUUACAAGCAUCACGUGAUGACCCGGAAGUGCAACACAGAGAAUACAAGGAUUUCGUGGAGGAAUUACAAGAAAAGGAAAUGGAGAUGAUGCAAACAUUUCAGAUGGCUGACAGCUUUAGAGACGGCUCUCAGGAUUUCGAAAGGGAAGCUGAAACAUACAGACAGAAAAUCAAUGUGCUACCACCAAUCAGUGAGGAGGCUGACAAUGACGUCAUCGAUGACGAAAUCGAGGCUCUCGAAGCGAAGUACAAGGAUAUUUCCAGAGAUUGCACCAAACAGCUAGAUAAAUUAUCUGCAAUAAUGAAAAUGAAGAAAACGUUUGAUGAUCUGAACGAUAAACUAAAUGGGAUGUAUCCUGGCAUUGAGAAUAAGUUACGUGGUGUAAAUGAGGAGGAAUUUGGAAGAGUUCCAGAAAGAGAUACAAAAGACUUGUAUACGUUAAAAGACCUUAAAGCCGAACUCAUUGGCCAGGAACGUCGACUAAAAGACAUCACCCAAAUGGGUGAUAAGUUGUGUAAAAGUUUGAAUGAUAUGAACAUGAAGAAAAAGUCGGACGAAGUGCAAAAGUCAGUGCAGGAUCACAAACAGAUUCAUGAGGUGUUACAAAAGGAAAUUGCUGGCAAGGAGGAGCAGCUGGAUGCUGCAGUGUCUCAACAACAGAAUGUUCUAAACCGCCUAGACGGCCUUUAUGAUUGGAUGACAGAGUCCGAGAAUAUCCUCAAUGAGAAAAAACAGAUCAGUCUUGAAAAAGACCGCAUGGCGCAGCAACUCAAAGAACAAAGACUUAUGAAUGCAGAAAUUGAAAGCAAUAAGGCAUUAUUAGAAAGACUUUCUGCUGAAGCAGGCGAUAUGUCAAAUGGAGAUGAUGCUCAGAAGACAGUGUUUGAUCUUUCGGAAAGAAUCAUGGACGUAGAUGAGAAGGCAGAACACUUUACACAUGAACUUGAGGAUGUUGUUGGCAUGGUCAAUGACCUCGAGGCUGACAUUGGUCAGAUGGACGGAUGGUUGACUGAUUCUGUUGCAUCACUUAAAUCCAGAAAUAGGGGCACGAGUCAGAAAGCGACUAAAGCGCGCGUGGAUGAACUGUAUCAGGAAAAACGGGAAAGAGAAAUUGACAUGGAAAAUCUGAGGGCAGCCGCUAAGCGAGUGAUGGAUGACGAACGGGUUUGUGACCAGUUUGCCCUCAAAGAGUGUCUUGGAGAGGUAGAGGGCAAGUGGCACGAACUCACCGAGCACCUCGUACAGCAAGUGUCGCUAGAGGCGUUGACAGAAAUAGACGGCAUGUUGAAAUACCUAGACAAGGCUGAAAAUGAAAUCAACACAGCGGAACCGAUCAGCAUAGAACCAGACACGCUCACUGUGCAGUUGAAAGACCAUCUCUCCUUUAACGACGACUUGAAUCAAAAACGUAAUGCAGUGAAGGACAUUAUCAACAAAUGCAAUAGAAUGCUUCGUGAAACGACAAACUCACAAACGGAUGAAAUAAAAACAAGGUUAGAUAGUAUUCGUACUCAGGCCGACAUCGUGUGUCAGCUGAGUGCUGAAAGGCUGCAUCAGUUGGAAGCGGCCCUACCAUUGGCUACACACUUCAGCGAGAACCAAACAGAAAUCCAAGGGUGGUUGGACGAAAUGGAGGCUGAUAUCAAAUCGCAGGGGACGCCGGGAGAAAACCUGGAACAAGUGCGAAAGCAACUGGAUACUCUCAAGAGUUCCCUACAGAAGGUGGAUGACCACAAACCCUUCAUUGAUGAUCUGAACGACACUGGCCUGGAGCUGAUGGAGUUAUGUGGGGACGAUGAUGCUGGGGAGAUUCAGAAUAAGCUAAUCGGCUAUAAUGGACGUUAUGAGAAGCUAAAGGGAUUAUCGAAAGAGAAGGAGCAGGAACUGACCAAGUCUCGUACUCUCAUGACCCAGGAUGUGUCUGACUCACUAGACAAUCUCCUGGACGAUUUGUCGAACCUCAACAGAAAUAUCAGUACCGCUAAUCCUAUACCCGCCAACCCAGACAAACUCAAAGAUGAACUGAAGGAAAACCAGGUGUUGAUGACCGACCUUGAGCGCCUCAAACCUUCACUUGUCAGUGUGGAGGAGUCUGUCAAGAGGAUGCUUGCACAGGGCAUGGACGAUCAAGCGGAUGGUGAUGAUCUCAAACAAAAGGUGACAGAGAUAGCUACUCUGAACAACCAGAUCAGGGAUGGCUCUCUAAAACGAGAUAGGGCACUUAUGGAAGCCUCUCAAGUAGCGGACCGUUUCUUUGACGUGUGUGCGGAUACAAUGUCUAACCUACGAGACCUUAAGGAUAACCUGUUGUCACAGGAGCCCCCUGGUAUCGAUCCAGCUACAGUGAAAGAACAACAAAAGGAAUUAAAGGACCUCCGUAAGGAGUUAGGAAAGUCCCGACUGUCCCUUGAGGAGUGUCGAGAGUCCGGAGAAAAAUUAAGCGGUCUUUGUGGGGAUCCGGGACUCGUUGAGAUCCGGAAACAGCUUGAGGACAUACACAACAUCGCUGACGAUGUUCACGAUAUAGCGCGUGACCGUGAAGACGACCUUAAGAGCGCCCUCACUCACGCAGACAAAUUCCAAAACCUUCUUGACUCCGUUACGGCAUGGCUUCCGAUGUCAGAACAUCAGCUUGACUCUCUGAAGCCUGUCUCAUCUCAACCUGAGAUUGUCAAACAACAGAUCGAUGAACUCAAGGUUUUUGCUGGCUUUUAUGAUACACAUUGGAGUGCGAAAUCCCAAAUUCAUCCGCAUGUGGUUGACAUGCAGCAGUUGAAUCAAGAGUUAUCUACCCUGAAGGACAUGUCACCGAUAGCAGCAGAGUCUCUACAUAGACCAGUAGAUGAUGUAAAUGGUCGAUGGAACGCGGUUCUUAAAACGAUAUCGGAUAGAGAGGCGAAGUUGAAAGCUAUGCAGUUGAAGUUAGGAGAAAUAGAGGAAGGCAUGGAUGAAGCUAUCGACUGUCUCACGCAUGUUCAUGAAGACCUGGCUACCUUUGAUGAUGUUUCAGGCGAUCCGAAAUGUCUUGAGACACACAUGAAAAAAUUACAGUUACAACUUAGUGACUUGAAAGCCCAGGAGACCAACUGCAAAAACCUAAGUAAUGCUGUAACCAAGUUACUAUCACAAGAAUCAGAGGACAGCCCAGCAUUAAAGGAGAAACGUGACGUCAUGAAUGACCUCAUGAGAGCCGCGCAGGCAAACGGCAAAGACAAAGAAGCAAAGCUCCAAGAGCGUCUCAGACAAGUAAAGAAAUACCUUGGGGAUGUCGACGAUCUCCUCCAAUGGGUUAACGACCUUAGAAUGGAACUCAAAUCGGUGUCUCCGUUUGGUGCACUUCCGGAGACAUCGAAGACUCAAUAUGAUGCUUAUUUGGCCCGUUACGAAGCGUUCAAUGACAAAGAUGAAAUGAGCCAGGCGCUGAUCGCCAAGGGACAGAAGAUGAGCGAGAAGUGUGAUCCUGAUGAUGUGACACAAAUCUGUGACCGUCUGAGGAAGCUCAAGGACAGAUGGAAUGAUACUAAAGACCGUGCACAAAAACGAAAGGAGAAAUUGUCUGAACAUCUGGAAAACGUAGAUGAGUUCCAUGGCACUCUAAAAACGUUUACUGAUUGGCUGAACAACGCAGAAAUUGCCAUGCGUAACUUUAAAUACCCAAGCAAGCUAGUAGACAGAGUCACGGUACAGCUCGAGGAACAUAAUAAAAUGAAAAUGGAACUAGAUCAACAUUCCGAGCGAAUGCAGACAUUGGACAGAACCGGAAGUUACCUAAAACAUUUCUGUCGGAAGCAGGAUACUAUUUACAUAAAAAAUCUCCUGGUGGGCAUACGGUUACGAUGGAAGAAACUCCUUCGAAGAACUGACGAAAGAGGGCGUCUUCUCACGCAUGCGCAUAGGGAGGAUAAAAGGUUCUACGAUGCCUGGAAGGGUCUUUGUGAUUGGCUAGACGAAAGUUCAAAGACAGUGGCAAGGUUCAUGUCGCCCGUGGCCAAGGGGUCAGCUACGAAAGAGAACAUCGAUGACUUGAAGCGGUUCCAACACGAGCUCGCCGGUAAACACACGACCUUCUACUCCGCCACUAGACUUGGUCGGAACCUCAAGGACAGGUGCACCAAGUCUGAUCCAGAGAGGGAGGUGCUGCAACAGAUGUUAGAUGAUCUAAAAGAUAAAUGGAACUCAGUUAGAUCCGUGAUAUCGAGAAGCCAGAACAAGCUGGACGAGGCGCUACUAACGUCGGGGCGGGUGACGGACGCUCUGACGUCACUGCUGGAAUGGCUUGGCAAGGCAGAGGCAACCCUAGCAGAGGAUCAGCCCGUCCUCGGCGACCUGGAUACCAUACACAUGCUCAUUGAGCAGCACAAGGGUAUGCAACAGGAGCUGGGGGCCCGGGAACAGACCGUGGCAGCAAUGAAAGCUGCCGGAAAUGUAUCAGCGUCGCAUCUAGAGGAGUUGGAGACCACCUGGGAUCGAGUCAACCGACUCAGCGACCACCGUGAAAACAAACUUCGGGACUCCCUCCAACUGGCGGAGGAAUUCCAAGAUGUCGUCCAGGUGAUGCGCGAGUUCUUACCCCAGGCAGAAGCUGAGCUGAAAUACAGAGCGCUCCCUGACGACGAGGUGGCUAUAAUUCAGCUUAUCGAAAAACAUGAGAAAUUCCAAGAAGAUCUCAGGAAUCACCAGGAUUGUGUAGAUAAAAUCAAACUUUUAGCAGAAGAAAUUUUACAAAACUGUCAUCCAAACGCCAUACGAUUUGUGAAAUAUUACCUCACCAUUACACAGACAAGAUGGGACCAGUUAUUACAACGAGCAAAGAACAGGGGUCAAAGGUUACAGGAAGCACUGCGCAGCAUCCAAGGUAACGCCGCUUUGGUCGAAGAUCUGUUGGCCUGGCUAACGGACGCGCAGGUCCUCCUGUCCACCAAGGAGCGUGACCCAAUUCCAGAUGACCUCAAGGUCGUGGAGGAUCUCUAUAAGGAUCACGUGGAAUUCCACGACGAAAUUACCAGUAAAAAUAAUGACGUAGAGCGAUUAACCAAAAUUAUAAAUUCGGAACCUAAAUCGCCCGGACGUAUUCACGGCAGCAAUAUGAAGUUAAAUGAAAACGACAUAUUCAAUCCACGGGUGAUAACUCUACAGAACAAAUGGAGGAUUGUGUGGCGAAUGUCUGUUGAUCGAAAGAAGAAUUUACAGGAUGCGCUUGACACGUUACUAGAGUUGGAGAGCUUUAAAACGUUUGACUUUGGUGUGUGGAAGGCUAAGUAUCUGAAUUGGAUUAAGGCCAAAAAGAUGCGGGUUACCGACUUCUUCAGACGACAGGAUAAACGAGGAGAUGGAUUAUUACUCAGGGACGACUUUGUUAACGGGAUGCUUAUAACACGUUUCCCCACAAAUCGAACAGAGCUCCACGCUGUAUUUGAUAUAUUUGAUCGAGAUGGCAGAGAUGUAAUAGAAUACAAGGACUUCAUCGAGGCAUUAAAACCAACAAGACAUCAAAAGACCCGUCUGAACAGUAGUAACCGCCAGAUGACGGACGCCGAGUUGAUUCAUGAUAACGUUGAGAAAGAGAUAUCUGGUUGUCAGUGUAGGAAUUCGUUCAGGGCGGAGAGGCUUUCAGAGGGAAAAUACAGGUUCGGCGAGAAACAGAACAUCCGACUUGUGCGGUUCCUUAACAGUACUGUGAUGGUCCGAGUAGGCGGAGGCUGGGUUACACUAGAUGAGUUCUUGGAAACAAAUGACCCUUGUCGAGCAAAAGGACGAUCUAAUUUUGACCUCAGGGAUACCCUCUCACCAGACGGACAGACCAGUUUCCGGACCCGAAAGGGUAGUGGCACGUUUGGCUAUAAAUCCAAACUUAACGAUACAGGAUAUGCUUCGUCCGUCUCCUCAGCCGGAAGUUCUGGGGACCGUUCAUUGCGCCGAAGUAGGGUGACUUCCUCAAUGGUCAAUCUUUCUGGGGCAGGUGGUUCACUCUCAGUCAACAGGAUUCACAAAAAUGCAGACUUUGGGUCGACUGGAAGUCUCACGAGAACGAAGCGCCUAAGCACAUCAUCCACUAACGUGAACUCGCCAACCAGCACGCGCACGCGCAACCCAUCGACGCCGACGCAAUCUAGACUUAACAAUACGAUAUCAAGGUCGACAACUCCUCAACCUACUCCGACCUAUGUCUCACGUUCAAAGACGCCGACACCUCGGUCGUCGUCGUCUUCCCGUCCACCGGGUACUCCAAACAGGACAACAUCUACCCCCACCCCUAAAACAUCUACCCCGACCCGCACAGGUCGUACGACACCCACGUUCACUGGCAGAACGACCCCUUCGGGUCGGACUACGCCUACUAUGUCAAAUGGACCUGGCAACACCAGAAGACUUCCGUCAACACCAAAGAAUGCUCGGUGAUUGAUUGAGAAAUAGUCGAAAUACGCAUGCGUGAACGGAUAUUGAUUGUGUGAACAUAUGCAAAAUGACCUUCUGGGAAUGUGUGUUUGCCGGGUAUGAUAGUGAGGAGUUACAUAUGUAUUAGUGCAGAAUUUGUUGUAUGUUACAUUGUGUCAGAGUGCGAAGGACUCUGCAGUUAUUGUUGAUAGUGUGUGUAUAUGAUGUGACAACAGAAUGCAAUACUACCCCAUGGCAUUUAGUUAACACGAAGGCGAAACCAACAAAUCAUUCACAUACACUGUGGAGGAACCGGACCAAAACCCGAUAACAUGUUAUCUGUAUGACUUCCAUGAGAGUGUUUCAAGUUCAAGGUUUCAGGAUUACUGGACAAAGCCGAUAUAGAUUUGUGUUCUUGAAAACAAAUAUAAUGAACUGAUGAUUCCAGACGUUAUUGCAAUGUCACGUGACGUAGCAAAAGAAAGCAAUUGCAUGGAAGACGAAAGAGAGGAAAUACACACAUUUGUCUUUCAAUUCAUAUUUUUAUACCCAGAUAUUAUUUUUAAUGGACCAGGAAGUGAUUCGUGUUCGACGUGAUUGCACAGUGCUUGAUCAGACGCCUGAAAGGCGUUUUGAUUGGCUAGAGAAUAUCAAUCAUACUUGUGGGGGUUAUAUACGGGGAAAUACGUCUAGAAGUCACUUUAUAGAAUUAGCUUAUGUACCAAGCAAAGUUAUUCAAAAUAUACUGCCGUUUUGUUGAUAUCUGUAUUUAAAUUCAAUUUAGUGUAUAUUAUAUUCGUUUAUAUUAUGUUACAGUAAAACUCGAAAAAAGAAUGUCUCAAUUAUUUCGUUCUUUGAGAUGAAUGUCUCAUUCAUAUACUGUCGUUAUAUUUAAGAGCUUUGGCAUAUUAUAGCCACAGUGUAUGGUCGUUUGGACACAGCGAAAAACUGUGACGCAUACUUUUACCGAAAAAAUUACAAUGCUAAUUGUAGUUUAACUUGUACAUUCCACGAACAUUUAAAUAUAACUGGGUUAACUAAAAUGACUAAUUGCUCAUUUUGAAUAACCAUUAUUACACUUAUAUUGUUUUAAGGCAGGAACUAUUUGGCGUUUGACAUUAUAAACCGCAAAUCAAUUUAUUUAUACUUUGCGAAUAUUUAUUUGAGCGAUUUCACAGCAAACGAUUUAUUCGCGAGGACUUGACUCGCAAACGAAAAAUGACAGAUUAUGUUCAUUGAUCAAUGAAAGUAAAAUUUCUACAAAUAUUUUUCGAAACAAAUAUAUUUGAAAUCACGACAAAGCUCUCGCAAAUUUAAGCGAAAAUAAUAUAUCGCAAAAGAUCCUUUACAUUAUAUGUGGCGUUAAUUGCAGGAUUGUAGGUGCUAGUUGUACGAGGAAAGUGUUUACAUGACGUUCGACUUCUGUGUCAGUCCUUAAUGAUAUCUAUGCAACUUCUUAUGCAUAUCAUAGAUCUUUCACAGAUGUGAUAAGAUUAGUUGAAUAAUUUAAGAUAAAUAAAUGAAUAAAUGUUUUCCAAGAGCCUAAAAUUGUUCAGUUACUUUUCUUAGGAAACAUUUAAAGUUAUGUUAAUUAAAAUGACAAUAAACAUUAAAAUUAUAUAUGAAAUCAAAAUAUUUUAUAUGAGAUUCGAGAGAUAUUUUGUAUAUAUUCAGAGGAACCUCGUUAGUCUACACAAUGAAUGAAUGAACCAAAAAUAUUGAAUACUUCCUACUUAUUAUUGUUCGGAACUGUCGGGGUAUAGACUAACGUGAUUUCACUGUAUAAUGAUAUUUUACAUUUGUUUCAUUCCUGCAUGAACAAAUAAUCAUGCGAUUCACCUAUAUGCUUUUAUUAUAUACCAUUACGAUGUUUUCAUGACCACAUUGACCGUACAUAUCAUCAUUCCAGUCACCUCAUUGGGCCCGGCAUUGUAUAGAAUCUACGUCAUACUUAAUGUAAUAAUAAAACAAUCUUAAUAUG